CAAGAUCGUCCGACAAUAUUCCCACACAAACUCUAAAAAGAGAGUCUAUCUCGUACCUGCAAGAGAUUGUUCUGUCAAUAAUACAAAAUACAGCAUGUAUUCAGCAAACUGAAUUACCCACUUUCUUUUAUCAACCAUCAACCACAUUCAAAUCAUGUCCAGCACAGAAAAGUUUAAUGGCGAAAAUGACGCCAGCUCCGAUGGCAAGGAAGGGCCAAUUAGCGAACAUUCGCAACAACAACAACAACCAACAACAGCAUUUGGCAAACUUAAAGGAUUCUAUGGCAAUCCUAUGUCUCAAAUUGCAUUGAUUGGUUUCUGUUGCUUUUUAUGUCCGGGUAUGUUUAACGCUCUAAGUGGUAUUGGGGGAGGUGGUCAACUGAAUCCAAGAGUCAGUUCAAAAUCCAAUACGGCCUUAAAUGCAGUCUUUGCCGGUGCAUCGUCAUUUAUCGGUACAUUCCAUAACAAACUUGGUACUCGUUUAACUUUAUUUUUGGGUGCAUGCGGUUAUCCACUUUAUAUCGCUUCUUUCUUAUGUUAUAAUCAUACACAAAACGAAGGUUUUGUUAUUGCAGCAGGUGCAAUUUUGGGUUUUUGUGCUUCGUUAUUUUGGUCUGCACAAGGAGCGGUGAUGUUAAGUUAUCCGUUGGAACAAGAUAAAUCAAAGGCAUUCGCAUUGGUCUGGGUGAUUUUCAAUCUUGGUGCCGUGAUUGGAAGCGCAAUCGAAUUGGGCCUCACAUACAACUCAACUGCUUCAACUCUCAGUGAUGGUGUGUAUGUGGCCUUUUUGAUUUUGACAUUGCUGGGAGCUUGCUGUGCUUCCCUCUUGAAAGCACCUUCCUCGAUGAUACGAUCUGACGGUACUCGUGUCUAUGUUCCACCCCAUACAACAUGGAAGAAGGAGUUCGUUGGAUUGUAUCGUUUGGUCAGAACGGAUUAUUGGGUAAUCUUUUUAUUCCCUCUCUUCUUUUCAUCAAAUUUCUUCUAUACAUGGCAACAACAAGAUUACAACGCUCCUCUAUUCACCCUGCGAGCACGUUCUCUCAAUUCGAUGUUAUAUUGGAUGGCACAAAUGGUGGCAGCCUAUUUGUUCUCUUUCGUCUUAGAUUCCAAAACAUUAUCAAGACCAAAACGUAUUUGGAUCGGUUGGGGAGUCGUCUUCACUGUUAUGUGGGCCGUUUGGGGCGGUUCAUAUGCCAAGCAAAUCCAAUACACACGUGCUGAUGUGGUGGCAAGCUUGGGAAGUGUUCCUGAUCCGAUUGACAUUUUGCCAUCCAGAAGGUAUGCAGGACCUGCUCUCUUGUAUGCUUUCAGUGGAUUUUUCGAUGCGGUUUGGCAAUCGUUUGCUUAUGCUUUGAUGGGAGCUUUUUCGAACGAUAUGUCCAAAUUGGCAUUCUUGGCUGGAUUCUAUAAAUCAAUUCAAUCUGCCGGUGGUGCGACGGGUUUUGCGAUGGAUUCGGCAAGUGUGCCAUACAUGACAAUCAUGGCUGUCACAUGGGCGUUGUGCGCUGCGGGUUUGGUGAUCGCCUUACCUGUUUUGAUGUUCAGAGUGACAGAAAGUACAAAUCCUCUAACAGAAAUCACUGCACCUGGUCGUGAAGAAGAAGUGAAAAAGGCAGCAGAGGAAGCGAUCGAAAGAACCGGCGUCGUUCCAGCCCAAUUACGUCAGAUGGAAAAAGAGGAAGGUAUCUCAUUGGGUGUAUGAAACAGGACAAUAUUUCUCUCUUCUAGUUGCUAAUGCGAAUUGCU